AUGGGUUUCACCAUCAAUAACAUCUUUGCUGUCAAUGAGGAUCGGCCUACUCCCAAGGCGGUCUACAAUUGGCGUGUUUACACUUGUGCUGCUAUCGCCUCUUUCGCGUCAUGCAUGAUCGGUUAUGACUCUGCCUUUAUCGGCACCACAAUCGCCCUUCCAUCCUUCACCGAGGAAUUCGAUUUCGCCUCCUACGAACCCGAUGCCCUUGCUCUCCUCAAAGCCAACAUCGUGUCUGUUUACCAGGCCGGUGCCUUCUUCGGCAGUUUGUUCGCCUACGUCACAUCCUAUUUCAUCGGCCGACGUUACUCUCUUAUCGCUUUCAGCUUCGUCUUUAUGCUCGGUGCUGGCCUGAUGCUUGGCGCUAAUGCGGAGAGAGGCCUGGGACUUAUCAUUGGUGGACGUGUUCUUGCUGGAGUUGGAGUCGGCGCUUGUUCCAACAUGGUUCCCAUCUACUGCUCCGAGCUCUCUCCUCCUGCUAUCCGCGGCCGACUCGUUGGUAUUUACGAACUGGGAUGGCAAAUUGGUGGUCUUGUUGGUUUCUGGAUCAACUAUGGACUUGCCGAGACCAUGGCCCCCAGCCACAAGCAAUGGAUCAUUCCCUUCGCCGUCCAACUUAUCCCCGCCGGCAUGCUGCUCUUCGGCGCCUUCUGGAUCAAAGAAUCUCCUCGCUGGCUCUUCGCCAAGGGUCGUCGUGAAGACGCCAUGAAGAACCUGUGCUGGUUGCGACAGUUGCCCGCUGAUGAUCUCUACAUUGUUGAGGAAGUCAGCUACAUGGACCAGGAACUUGAGCGCUACAACCGAGAAGUCGGCCCCGGUUUCUGGAAGCCAUUCGCCUGCCUCAAGCAACGCAACAUCCAAUGGCGUUUCUUCCUUGGUGGUAUGAUGUUCCUCUGGCAGAACGGUUCAGGUAUCAACGCCAUCAACUACUACAGCCCUACUGUGUUCAAGAGUAUCGGAAUCACAGGAACCAACACUGGAUUCCUCACCACUGGUAUCUUCGGUGUAGUCAAGACGACUAUUACUAUUAUCUUUAUUCUCUUCCUUAUUGAGACAGUUGGACGCAGAAAGCUGUUGAUUAUUGGUUCAGUUGGUGGUUCUCUUUGCAUGUGGUUCAUUGGAGCUUACAUCAAGGUUGCGGACCCAGCUGGUAAGGUGGCUGCUGCCGCUGCCGCUGGCACUGAGGCUCCUGGCAUGUCUGGCGGUGGUAUUGCCGCUGUCUUCUUUUUCUAUCUUUGGACCGUCUUUUACUCCCCCACAUGGAACCCCAUUCCUUGGGUUCUUAACUCUGAGAUGUUCAACGAAAAGUCCAGAUCUAUCGGUCAAGCUUCCGCGGCAGCCAACAACUGGUUCUGGAAUUUCAUCGUUUCUCGAUUCACACCCCAGAUGUUCAUCAAGAUGGGCUACGGUGUCUAUUUCUUCUUCGCCUCGCUUAUGAUUCUCUCGUCCAUCUUUGUUUUCUUCUUUAUCCCUGAGACUAAGGGUCUGCCUCUUGAUACCAUGGAUCGUCUCUUUGAGAUCAAACCUGUGUGGAAGGCUCACAGCCAGCUCUCUGAGGAAUUGAGACUCCAGGAGGACGAGUUCCGACGCAACGCUGAGGGAUCUAAGAUCAGUGAUGAGAAGGCUCAGGCUCUAGCUGAUGAGCGCGAGAGCGUUUAA